UCUAGCUGGAAGAGUGAUGCAUAGUCUCUUGAUUGACUUUUGCAAAAGCUUUGGGAAACUGGGAUUCUGAAAAUCUAUAGAUACAGUCCAAGAUAGACAGCCUUACUGGAUCUUAGGUGAGAGUUUCCACAGCUCCCUAAGUACAUCCUGUCAUUAUUAGACUUUAGCAUACACCUUACUGUGGGGCUCUCACUCUAGGACCUAUGAGCUUACCAGUGUGGGAUCUCAUUGUCCAGCUAUGCUUUCACAGAUUAGAGGGGGUAAAGCUGAGUCCCUUGCUCUCGCCUACCAUUAUUUGGUAGGAAGGGAACUAUAUUUUGGGAUGUGUCUCAGUCCAGGAAAAGGAGCUCAUGCAGCACUGACUGCACGAUAUGCAAUGGCCUGAGGAAGCAGAAAAGCUAUGGCCCUUAAUAUCUGUGAAAUUGCUUGGCAAAGAAGAAAAAUAUGUGGGGUCUGUAAUUGCUUUCUUGAACAUGGUAAAUCAAAAACAAGCAUGAGGCUUGAGCUUAGUACAACUCCUAUACAUUCCAACAUAUUCCUCCCUGUCUGCAAAAUGUAGUCAGAAUUAUUGAUAGGCACAUAAGUAACAAAUGGCUUGGGCUGCCGUCUAGCACUGAAGACAGAGAAGCCAUAUAAAGGAGGGUUGCCCUGGUUUCAUUACCUUAGAGCCUGCUACAGUGAUUCCAAAUGAAGCACUUUAAAAAUAGCCAGCUUCCUUCCAACUUCCUACAUCCAAAAGGCAUCAAUUGGAUGGCAUUUAAUGACAACUUGACAAAUAUUCUGCCCAUUCCACAAUUGAGAAAACAGAGGCCUGGGAAGCCAAGGUAGUGGGAGCACUAUUCCUGAGACUAGACAGAAAAACACUGUUUUAAAACAAAGUCUCACCAAGCAUACCCUACAUUUGAUAGAUUUGAUAGAUGGGUGUGACUGCAGACUUUAUUUUUAAAGAAAAGUGUAGGCUUAAAGUAUCACUAGUGUCUUGAGGGUAGUUUUGUAAAGACCUGAAUGUAGACCAGACUAUUCUUACAUUUCAUUUUUGCUUAGAAAAAGUCAAUGAUGUCUCCCUCUAUCCAUCCUUCUGUGCUUUCUGUAGCCCCAACAUUUGAAAGUUUUCUAUAAAGACAGUGACUAACAAUACAUAGAAUUGUAGAGUCUCAGGGAACCUAAGCAGUUAUCUUUGGAGGAUGAUGUGAUAAAGGCGGGGACAAAUAGCAUUUCUUUUGCACUCAUGGAGUGUCAGGACCACUUUCUAUGUCCACAUACAUCUACUCUUUAUCUUAGCCAUGCCCCUCUGAGGUGAUAGUAUUAUCAUUUCCACUUGGCAGAGGCAGAAAGUUCAAAGCAUGCUAGAACUAAAUGCUUUCAUUUCCUGCCAGUAACUCAAGCUCAAGUUGUGAACAUUGGCUUCAUAGCCUAAGUGUUCUGGGAGGAGAUUAAUUUUUGUUUUUAGAAUUACCUAAAUACAAGACUCUUUAAAGUGCAAUUAGACACUAUAGGCUAACACUGAAGCUUGAGGGACCCAUCACUCUUGAACGUGUCCUUUAAAGAGUUUCUGUAUAGAGUGGGAGCUGAGAAUCCAUUCUUGUCCCAUCACACCACCUGCCAUUUGCUUAGAAUCUAGACUGUGUACGAGUAGAGCACGGGUUUCAUGCCCACUUCCUUCCUAUCCUUUUUACGUUGUUCGCUGAGUCUCUGUGGAGAAAGCAUUGCUUCUUAUUUGAAUCUGAGAUCAAAAGUCAUAGGGGAGGAACACAAUCUUGGUGAAAACGAGAAAGAUGCGUCAUAGGAUCCUCUCCAUCCGUUUUGAAUGCACUCUUCCUGUUGACCUCCCAGGGACUUUAUUCUUGUAGAGCCUCAGCCCCUCCUCACUUCCAACAUUUCCAGGAGCUAUCGACAUUCUUCUCUUGUCAAUUAAAAAGCAACAUUAAAACUUUUAGUUCACUCUUCAAAGCUUCAUUUAAGUGCCACUCCUUCAAAAUCCCAGCUGUAAUUGAUCUCACCACUUCUACUCUUACACAACUUUUUUAUAACAACUGUCUGAAUUUUCAUUUCACUCUGGUUAUUUCUCACAGACUAUUUCCCUGGCCCAUUGUAAGUUACCUCAUGAUAAAUACUGUUUGUGAACACUACAGGAUCAAGAUAAUAUGUCUAAUAAUACAGACGUCCAUGUAUGCUUGUCACAUGUUUAAUAAACAAAAUUACUAAGUGAACAGGCCCCUAAUCGGCCUCUGUCUCACCUUGAAUUUAUGAGAGGCUGCACGCAUGGCUUAUAUUACAGAACAAAAGGGAAAUCGGCGGGGAGAAACAUUGUCACUAGCACUGAUUUGUUUGACAAAAAGUAUAAUUGCUAAAAAUUAUAGCAUUUAUCCUAUAUUUUCCCUCAGAGCUUGCAGUUAUUAGUAACAUCAUAAUGAUGCACUUGUCUACUUGCUUCCCUAAUGACUUGCCUCAAACUUGUCACAGAUAAAUAUUUUUAUUAUCAUUUUCAUUUCAUAAUAAUUUUGAGUCACUUGUGAGAAAAAUAUAUGGUAAAAUAGUAAUCUCAUUGGUCCCUGGAAAGAAUGAAUCAGAAUCAAAAGUUUAGUUUACACAGAAUGUAAGUAAACAAAUCAUUAACUCCCACACCGUUGCUCCAUAGCUCCUACAGUCAGUUGUUUCCUGGCAGCUACUACAGCAGAGAAUGACUCCCAACCACUCAGCUCUCAUCCUCAGGGAGAAAAAUAUGAUCCCAGGGAGCAGGAAGUGCUGCUUUUUUUUUUCAAAUAUGCAACUUGACCCAGAGAUCGCAAGCUAGAAAUAGUUUGAGUUUUACAGUGAAUGUGCUUUACACAUAAAGACUAGUGACAAUACAGCAUCCGAAUGUGUUGUGUUGACGUGUAGUGUGAACUUUUUUCUUUAAAGUAGGAUCCCCAUGUGAGUGUGUAUUUCCCAUAUAGAGUGAAGGAGAGAAGGGUCAUUGGAUGGCUAAUGGACAAAAUGUGGUAUCAGUGAUAAAAAUGAUUAUAAUGUUAAAAGUGUUCCAGUGAUUAGAGAAGCUGAAGUCUAAGACAAGCCUGCAUUCAGUGACUCAGCAUACAGCCCAUCAGUCGCAGGGCUCCAUCCUGUGUCUAUUCAGAGACACAAGCUCUCUUGGGGGCUUUGCUAGACACCAUGUACUCACAAAUCUAGACAUCGCCGGAAUAUCUUUUAACAUCAAGGCUUCGCUUUAGAGUUGGGGUAGGGGAUACUAUGACAUAGUAAAACAUCCAUUUUAUAAAACUUAAUGGGUGCUGAUUAAAAUAAAAAAGAGCAGGGGAAAUCUGUGCAUCUUUGUUUCUGGUAAGCUCCCAAGUGAUGUCAGUGCUGCCGGCCCAAGAAUCUGAGAAUGGUGUUCUGGGUGCUGUUAAUUCUGAAUUGGAUCUGUAGGCAGAGGGAAGGAGAACAGGGAUCAAUGAGAAAAGAGUUUGAGGAAUGUCAUUCAUCGACCCAACUGUUCUUAAGCUGAACUAUAAGUUAUAUGACAACCCAUACACCUACAAAGUAGACCUCCUGUCAGCUCAGGAAAACAAAGAUGCAGAGUCUGAGGGACACUCAGCAGAACCUACCUCGCCAUGCAAGCUUCCUAGGGCUGCUGAGAAAUUAGCAAGCACAGAUGUUCUCUAGGCAAGAUCCCUGUGAGUUCUUGUGGUGCAGUCCCGUGUACACCCUCUUCUCACCGAAGAGAACCCAUUUAAAUACUCUUAGAAAGAAGUACGUCCCUAUUCCCCAGUAAUACAUGAAGAAAUGCCAUCUAAAAGUCUAAACAUUGCCAAGUGAGCAUCUUUAUGGAGUCACCAGUUUAUAGAUGAGGCAUUGAUCUAUCAGGCUGUACGUUUCAUGCUGUCUUUAUUUCACUUUGCUUUUCUCAUUGUAUAUGAAUUAAGCUCAGCUUUUGCUCUGGCUACCGCAGCAAGGUCUCCACAGCUAUCACUCCAAGGAAAACAGAUGAAAGUGUAUGAUAGACCAGAUGGAAAGUAUUUAAUUUUCUGGUCAUCCAUGGCUCUUUGCUUAGAGUGAGAAAUCACCCUCCGCAUUUCAAAUCUCCACAGCCAAUAUCUGUCAUGAAAUGGUAAUGGUAUGAGUGCCCUGGAAAGCUGCUUUGGGGCUUCCUUUUCUGUUUGUCCCAUAAAUGUGCUCUGUAUUUGUCUAGAAUGAAAUUGACACUCAGGGAGUCAGGUGGAAAAUUGGUUUGUGAGAAUUAUGGACACAAAUGCUAUCAACGAUCUUAAGGUAUCCGAUCUCACCAAGUGCUGAGUCUUCUGUGGCCACUUGGAAAGAUUGAAAUGUAUUUGCCCACUUCCCUGUCACUGUGGCCAGACAGCCACAAUGUGGCUGCUAUUUAUCAGCUAUUUGCACAUUCCUCCCUGUAGAGGAGAUAGGAGUAGUGCCUGCCCCAGCACUGUUUGCUCUGCCAGGGUACAAACACAAAAUCUGAAUGUAAGGGGAUGCAUCAGAAUGAGAUAGGGCAGGGCUGAUGACAGCAUGGAGGAGGAGUGGAGGUAGAGGGCCAUUUCCACUUACGAGGCAGCUGGAAAUAGCCACAGGGGCUUGGUGUCAAGUCUCUCAGAUUUAUGAAUCUCAUAGGCUCUUGCAGAUUUGCUGUCCUCCCAGGCGGAAGGAAGAGAGUAGGUAGAACACUUUGAACAUUGGUUUCCAGGAAUAUAUGAAUCGUCAUGUACUCUGAUGAUAUCACAGUAAGAUAUCCAAGAACAGGGGACUACACUGAUGCGUGGAGUUCCGAAUCCUGCUGCAUUCCAGAUCCUAAGCAAAUGGGCCCUGAAUGUUCAUCACCCCCAAAACCUGAGCACCUUACUAACCCUCGGUGCAAAGCACAUGGGCCGGCUAAGUGUGAAGUUGGAUGGCCAGCCCUGUGGAAAGGAUUUGAUUUAAUGACUGGGCAAGUUCUUGAUGUCCUGUGCUCCCUCUGUCUCUGCAAUGGGGUUGCAGUAAGAGCCAACCAGAAUCUGAUCUGUGACAACCUACUACCCCGAAGGAACCUGCUUCUGCAGACACGGCUAAUUAAUGAUGUCACCAGUAUCCGACCAAACAUCUUCCUGGGAGUUGCUGAAGGUUCACCCCAGUACAAGAAGUGGUACUUUGAGUUAAUUAUCGACCAAGUGGAGCCUUUCCUAACAGCAGAGCCCACUCAUCUGCGGGUGGGCUGGGCCUCCUCUUCAGGCUAUGCCCCAUACCCUGGAGGUGGAGAAGGAUGGGGAGGCAACGGUGUUGGUGAUGACCUGUACUCCUAUGGCUUUGAUGGGCUUCAUCUCUGGUCAGGCCGGAUACCCAGAGCUGUGGCCUCCAUCAACCAGCAUCUGCUGAAGUCAGAUGAUGUGGUGAGCUGCUGCCUUGACCUUGGAGUACCCAGCAUUUCUUUCCGAAUCAAUGGACAACCUGUGCAGGGAAUGUUUGAGAAUUUCAACACAGAUGGACUCUUUUUCCCCGUGAUGAGUUUUUCGGCUGGUGUCAAAGUACGCUUCCUGAUGGGUGGUCGGCAUGGGGAAUUUAAGUUCCUGCCUCCUUCUGGCUAUGCCCCUUGCUAUGAAGCCUUACUUCCGAAGGAGAAGAUGAGAUUGGAGCCUGUCAAAGAAUAUAAGCGUGAUGCUGAUGGUGUUAGAGAUCUGUUGGGUACCACUCAGUUUCUCUCCCAAGCCUCUUUCAUCCCAUGUCCCAUAGAUACCAGUCAGGUUGUUUUGCCACUUCACCUAGAGAAGAUCAGAGACAGACUGGCCGAGAAUAUCCAUGAGCUUUGGGGAAUGAAUAAAAUAGAACUCGGCUGGACUUUUGGCAAAGUGCGGGAUGACAACAAAAGACAACAUCCCUGCCUUGUGGAGUUUUCAAAGCUCCCUGAAACUGAGAAGAAUUAUAACCUGCAGAUGUCAACUGAAACCUUGAAAACCUUGCUGGCUCUGGGCUGCCACAUUGCUCAUGUUAACCCAGCUGCAGAAGAGGAUCUAAAGAAAGUGAAACUGCCCAAAAACUAUAUGAUGUCCAAUGGCUAUAAGCCAGCCCCUUUGGAUUUAUCUGAUGUGAAGCUAUUACCACCUCAAGAAAUUUUAGUAGAUAAGCUUGCAGAAAAUGCACACAAUGUUUGGGCAAAGGACAGAAUAAAACAAGGAUGGACCUACGGCAUUCAACAGGAUUUGAAGAAUAAAAGAAAUCCCCGCCUGGUGCCAUAUGCGUUACUAGAUGAGCGAACCAAGAAAUCAAACAGGGACAGCCUACGGGAAGCUGUACGGACAUUUGUUGGUUAUGGAUAUAACAUUGAACCAUCAGACCAAGAACUAGUAGCUGACCCUACUGUCGAGAAGGUCAGCAUAGACAAGAUCCGAUUUUUCCGGGUAGAGCGGUCAUAUGCAGUAAAAUCUGGAAAGUGGUACUUUGAAUUCGAAGUAGUAACAGGAGGAGACAUGCGCGUUGGCUGGGCCAGGCCAGGCUGUCGUCCUGACAUUGAGCUCGGAGCUGACGACCAAGCCUUCGUGUUUGAAGGCAGCAGGGGUCAGCGUUGGCAUCAAGGCAGUGGGUAUUUUGGACGAACUUGGCAGCCAGGAGAUGUGGUCGGGUGCAUGAUUAACCUGGACGACGCCUCUAUGGUCUUCACACUGAAUGGGGAGCUGCUCAUCACCAACAAAGGCUCUGAACUUGCCUUCGCAGACUAUGAGAUCGAGAACGGUUUUGUGCCCAUUUGCUCUCUGGGGCUGUCCCAGAUUGGCCGCAUGAAUCUUGGGACAGAUGCCAGUACCUUCAAGUUUUAUACCAUGUGUGGACUCCAGGAGGGCUUUGAGCCUUUUGCGGUAAAUAUGAACCGAGAUGUUGCUGUGUGGUUUAGCAAGCGCCUCCCAACAUUUGUGAAUGUGCCCAAGGAUCAUCCCCACAUAGAGGUUGUGAGAAUUGAUGGCACCAUGGACAGUCCUCCAUGCCUCAAGGUGACCCACAAGACCUUCGGCACACAGAACAGCAAUGCCAACAUGAUCUACUGCCGCCUGAGCAUGCCCGUUGAAUGCCAUUCUUCAUUCAGCCACAGUCCCUGCCUAGACAGUGAAGCCUUCCAAAAAAGGAAACAGAUGCAAGAAAUACUCUCUCACACAACAACACAAUGCUACUAUGCUAUCCGCAUUUUUGCUGGGCAGGACCCAUCAUGUGUCUGGGUUGGAUGGGUGACUCCAGACUACCAUUUAUACAGUGAAAAGUUUGACCUGAAUAAAAACUGCACCGUGACUGUCACCCUGGGAGAUGAAAGGGGCCGGGUUCAUGAAAGUGUGAAACGUAGCAACUGCUAUAUGGUCUGGGGUGGGGACAUUGUAGCCAGUUCCCAGAGAUCAAGCCGGAGCAAUGUGGACCUGGAGAUUGGCUGCCUUCUAGAUCUGGCAAUGGGCAUGUUGUCCUUCUCUGCGAAUGGGAAGGAACUUGGCACCUGCUACCAGGUGGAGCCUAACACCAAAGUAUUCCCAGCAGUCUUCCUCCAGCCUACAAGCACCUCCUUGUUUCAGUUUGAACUUGGAAAACUGAAGAAUGCAAUGCCUCUGUCAGCAGCCAUAUUUAAGAGUGAAGAGAAGAACCCCAUCCCACAGUGCCCACCUAGGCUGGAUGUCCAAACCAUCCAGCCUGUGCUCUGGAGCCGCAUGCCCAGCAGCUUCCUCAAAGUGGAGACCGAGCGAGUGAGCGAGCGCCACGGCUGGGUGGUGCAGUGCCUAGAACCCCUGCAAAUGAUGGCACUCCACAUCCCUGAGGAGAACAGGUGUGUGGACAUCCUCGAGCUCUGUGAGCAGGAGGACCUGAUGCAGUUCCAUUACCACACACUGAGACUUUACAGCGCUGUGUGCGCUCUGGGAAAUAGCCGAGUUGCUUCUGCCCUGUGCAGCCAUGUGGACCUCUCACAGCUCUUCUAUGCCAUUGACAACAAGUACCUGCCUGGCCUCCUCCGAUCUGGUUUCUAUGACCUGCUUAUUAGCAUCCACCUGGCCAAUGCUAAGGAGAGGAAGCUGAUGAUGAAGAAUGAGUACAUCAUCCCUAUCACCAGCAGUACCAGGAAUAUCCGCCUAUACCCAGAUGAGUCCAAGAGGCAUGGUUUGCCUGGGGUGGGCCUGAGGACAUGCCUCAAGCCAGGCUUCAGGUUCUCUACCCCUUGCUUUGUGGUGACUAAUGAGGACCAUCAGAAACAGAGCCCUGAGAUUCCCUUGCAGAUUCUCAAGACAAAGGCCCUGAGCAUGCUGACCGAGGCGGUACAUUGUAGUGGGGCCCACAUCAGAGACCCUGUUGGGGGUUCUGUGGAGUUCCAGUUUGUGCCUGUGCUGAAACUCAUUGGGACCUUGUUAGUCAUGGGAGUUUUUGACGACGAUGAUGUUCGCCAGAUUCUCCUCCUGAUAGAUCCCUCUGUGUUUGGGGAGCACAGUGGUGAGACAGAAGAGGGAGUGGAGAAAGAAGUGACCCACGUAGAGGAAAAGGCGGUGGAGGCUGGAGAAAAGGCUAGCAAGGAGGCUCCAGUCAAAGGCUUGCUGCAGACCCGAUUACCUGAGUCUGUCAAGCUGCAGAUGUGCGAACUCCUCAGCUACCUCUGUGACUGUGAACUACAGCACCGAGUAGAGGCUAUUGUGGCAUUUGGUGACAUUUACGUGUCCAAGCUGCAGGCAAAUCAGAAGUUCCGCUACAAUGAGCUCAUGCAGGCCCUGAAUAUGUCUGCAGCCCUAACUGCCCGGAAGACAAGAGAGUUCCGCUCACCACCCCAGGAGCAGAUCAACAUGCUCCUCAACUUUCACCUGGGAGAGAACUGCCCCUGCCCAGAGGAGAUCCGAGAGGAGCUGUACGACUUCCAUGAGGACCUUCUGGUUCACUGUGGGGUCCCCUUGGAGGAAGAGGAGGAAGAGGAGGAGGACACUUCAUGGACAGGAAAACUGUGUGCUCUGGUGUAUAAAAUCAAGGGGCAACCCAAGCCUGAGAAGGAGCCACCAACAGAGGAAGAGGAACCGUACCCUACAACACUGAAGGAACUAGUCUCACAGACAAUGAUCCGUUGGGCCCAGGAGAACCAAAUCCAGGAUGCAGAGCUGGUGAGGAUGAUGUUCAACCUCCUCCGGAGACAGUAUGACAGCAUCGGGGAGUUGCUACAGGCUCUGCGGAAGACCUACACCAUCAGCCAGGCCUCUGUGAACGACACCAUCAACCUGCUGGCUGCCCUGGGCCAGAUUCGGUCCCUGCUUAGUGUCAGGAUGGGGAGAGAAGAGGAGCUCCUCAUGAUCAACGGGCUAGGGGACAUAAUGAACAACAAGGUGUUUUACCAGCAUCCCAACCUUAUGAGAGUCCUCGGCAUGCAUGAGACAGUGAUGGAAGUGAUGGUGAAUGUGUUGGGUACAGAAAAGUCACAGAUUGCCUUCCCAAAGAUGGUUGCUAGCUGCUGCCGCUUCCUUUGCUAUUUCUGUCGAAUUAGCCGGCAAAAUCAGAAGGCCAUGUUUGAGCAUCUGAGUUACCUGCUGGAGAACAGUAGUGUGGGCCUAGCAUCCCCAUCAAUGAGGGGGUCCACCCCACUGGAUGUGGCAGCCUCCUCUGUGAUGGACAAUAACGAAUUAGCACUGGGCUUAGAAGAACCGGAUCUUGAGAAGGUUGUAACCUACUUGGCAGGUUGUGGUCUUCAGAGCUGCCCCAUGCUUCUGGCCAAAGGAUACCCUGACAUCGGUUGGAACCCCAUUGAAGGAGAGCGUUACCUGUCCUUCCUGAGGUUUGCCGUCUUCGUGAACAGUGAAAGUGUGGAGGAAAAUGCCAGUGUUGUGGUCAAGUUGCUCAUCAGACGUCCCGAGUGCUUUGGUCCAGCUCUGAGGGGUGAAGGAGGGAACGGACUGCUGGCAGCUAUGCAGGGUGCCAUUAAGAUCUCAGAGAGCCCUGCCCUCGACCUUCCUUCCCAGGGUUACAAGACGGAAGUCACACAGGACGAUGAAGAGGAGGAAGAGAUUGUGCACAUGGGCAAUGCAAUUAUGUCAUUUUAUUCAGCGCUUAUCGAUCUAUUAGGCCGAUGUGCUCCUGAAAUGCAUCUCAUCCAAACAGGCAAAGGGGAAGCCAUCCGGAUCCGGUCCAUCCUGCGCUCCCUGGUCCCCACAGAAGACCUGGUUGGAAUCAUCAGCAUUCCCCUGAAGCUGCCCUCCCUAAACAAAGAUGGGUCCGUCAGCGAGCCAGACAUGGCGGCCAACUUCUGUCCUGACCACAAAGCACCCAUGGUGCUGUUCUUGGACCGUGUUUAUGGCAUUAAAGAUCAAACUUUUCUGCUCCACUUGCUGGAAGUUGGGUUUUUACCCGAUUUACGAGCUUCUGCAUCUCUAGAUACAGUGUCCCUCAGCACCACAGAGGCCGCGCUGGCACUGAAUAGGUAUUUAUGUUCGGCUGUGCUCCCGCUCCUUACUAGAUGCGCCCCUCUCUUUUCUGGGACAGAGCACUGUACUUCUCUGAUCGACUCUACACUGCAGACAAUAUACAGACUUUCCAAAGGACGGUCCCUCACCAAGGCACAGAGGGACACCAUAGAAGAAUGUUUGCUAGCCAUUUGCAAUCACUUGAGACCUUCCAUGUUACAGCAACUCCUGCGGCGUCUGGUCUUUGACGUGCCACAGCUCAGCGAGUACUGCAAAAUGCCACUCAAGCUCCUGACAAAUCACUAUGAGCAGUGCUGGAAGUAUUACUGCCUGCCUUCGGGAUGGGGGAGCUAUGGGCUAGCAGUGGAGGAGGAGCUGCACCUCACGGAGAAGCUCUUCUGGGGGAUUUUUGACUCCCUCUCGCACAAGAAAUACGACCCGGACCUUUUCCGAAUGGCCCUGCCUUGUCUCAGUGCUAUUGCUGGAGCCUUGCCACCGGACUAUUUAGAUACUAGAAUCACGGCCACACUGGAGAAGCAGGUCUCAGUGGAUGCAGAUGGAAACUUUGACCCCAAACCUAUCAACACCAUGAAUUUUUCCUUGCCUGAAAAAUUGGAAUACAUUGUCACCAAGUACGCUGAGCAUUCUCAUGAUAAAUGGGCUUGCGACAAGAGUCACAGUGGAUGGAAAUAUGGGAUUUCUCUGGAUGAAAAUGUGAAGACCCACCCACUAAUACGGCCUUUCAAGACCUUAACAGAGAAGGAGAAGGAAAUUUAUCGCUGGCCUGCCAGAGAGUCCCUGAAAACCAUGCUGGCUGUGGGCUGGACAGUGGAAAGGACCAAAGAAGGAGAAGCUUUGGUUCAACAAAGAGAGAAUGAGAAGCUUCGAUGUGUGUCCCAGUCCAAUCAGGGCAACAGCUACAGCCCUGCCCCUCUGGAUCUCUCAAAUGUUGUGCUGUCCAGGGAGCUUCAGGGAAUGGUGGAGGUGGUGGCUGAAAACUAUCACAAUAUCUGGGCCAAGAAGAAGAAGCUGGAGCUGGAAAGCAAAGGUGGUGGCAGUCACCCUCUUUUGGUACCAUAUGACACCUUGACUGCCAAGGAAAAGCUCAGGGAUCGAGAAAAGGCACAGGACCUGUUCAAAUUCCUCCAGGUGAAUGGCAUUCUAGUUUCUAGAGGCGUGAAGGACAUGGAGCUGGAUGCCUCCUCCAUGGAAAAGAGAUUUGCCUACAAGUUUUUGAGGAAGAUCCUGAAGUACGUUGACUCUGCUCAAGAGUUUAUUGCCCACUUGGAAGCCAUUGUCAGCAGUGGGAAAACGGAAAAGUCUCCCCAUGACCAGGAGAUCAAAUUCUUUGCCAAAGUUCUCCUCCCACUGGUUGACCAGUACUUCACCAACCACCGCCUUUAUUUCCUGUCAUCUCCUUUGAAGCCGCUUAGCAGCAGUGGGUAUGCUUCCCAUAAAGAGAAAGAAAUGGUGGCCAGCCUAUUCUGCAAGCUGGCCGCUCUUGUGAGACACAGGAUUUCCCUCUUUGGGAGUGAUUCAACUACAAUGGUGAGCUGUCUUCAUAUCUUAGCUCAGACACUUGACACAAGGACAGUGAUGAAGUCAGGCUCAGAGCUGGUGAAAGCCGGGCUGCGAGCGUUCUUUGAAAAUGCUGCGGAAGACCUUGAGAAGACCUCAGAAAACCUGAAGCUGGGGAAGUUUACCCAUUCCAGAACGCAGAUCAAAGGUGUUUCUCAGAAUAUUAACUACACCACAGUGGCUCUGCUUCCCAUCCUGACAUCCAUCUUUGAGCACAUCGCUCAGCAUCAGUUUGGGGUGGAUCUACUCUUGAGUGACGUGCAGAUUUCAUGCUACCACAUUCUGUGCAGCCUCUAUUCCCUUGGGACUGGGAAAAAUAUCUAUGUUGAAAGGCAACGUCCUGCUCUUGGAGAAUGUCUGGCUUCCCUAGCAGCUGCUAUCCCUGUGGCAUUUCUGGAACCCAGCCUUAACCGCUAUAAUCCCCUCUCAGUCUUCAACACCAAAACACCCAGGGAGCGGUCUAUUCUGGGGAUGCCAGACAAGGUGGAGGACAUGUGUCCUGACGUCCCGCAGCUGGAAGGCCUGAUGAAGGAAAUCAAUGGCUUGGCCGAGUCAGGUGCCCGGUAUACCGAGAUGCCCCAUGUCAUUGAAGUGAUCUUGCCCAUGCUCUGCAACUACCUGUCCUACUGGUGGGAGCGGGGACCUGAGAACCUGCCCCCAAGCAUAGGACCCUGCUGCACCAAGGUCACAUCUGAACACCUCAGCCUCAUCCUGGGCAACAUACUGAAAAUCAUCAACAACAACCUGGGCAUUGAUGAGGCCUCCUGGAUGAAGCGUAUCGCAGUGUAUGCCCAGCCAAUCAUCAGCAAAGCCAGGCCUGACCUGCUUCGAAGCCACUUCAUCCCCACCCUGGAGAAGCUGAAGAAGAAGGCGGUGAAGAUUGUGCAGGAGGAGGAGCAGCUGAAGACUGAUGGCAAGGGGGAUACCCAGGAGGCUGAGCUCCUCAUCCUAGACGAGUUUGCUGUCCUCUGCAGGGACCUGUAUGCCUUCUACCCCAUGCUGAUCCGCUAUGUGGACAACAACAGAUCUAACUGGCUCAAAAGCCCGGAUACUGAUUCUGACCAGCUCUUCCGAAUGGUGGCCGAGGUCUUCAUUCUGUGGUGUAAAUCUCACAACUUCAAGAGGGAAGAGCAAAAUUUCGUGAUUCAAAAUGAAAUUAAUAACUUGGCAUUUUUAACUGGAGACAGCAAAAGCAAGAUGUCAAAAUCUGGAGGACAGGACCAGGAACGGAAGAAGACAAAGAGGCGAGGAGACUUGUAUUCCAUCCAGACGUCCCUCAUCGUGGCUGCACUCAAGAAAAUGCUGCCCAUUGGUCUGAACAUGUGUACUCCAGGCGACCAGGAGCUCAUCUCGCUUGCGAAAUCACGAUACAGCUGUAGAGACACUGAUGAAGAAGUCAAGGAACAUCUUCGGAAUAACCUGCACCUGCAGGAGAAGUCUGAUGACCCCGCUGUGAAAUGGCAACUGAACCUCUACAAAGACGUUCUGAGGAAUGAAGAGCCUUCUAAUCCAGAAAAGACGGUGGAGCGGGUGCAGAGGAUUUCAGCGGCUCUGUUCCACCUGGAGCAGGUGGAACAGCCUUUGAGGUCCAAAAAGGCUGUGUGGCAUAAAUUGUUGUCAAAGCAACGGAAACGGGCAGUGGUGGCCUGUUUCAGGAUGGCUCCACUCUACAAUCUGCCCAGACACAAAAUUAACAAUUUCUUCCUGAUCACCUUUCAACGUGUUUGGCUGGAAAAGGUUAAUGAAAAAACUCAGUAUGACAGACUAAUACCCAUUUUAAUGAAAUCUCCCAGGGUUGAAGAUGAGGAAGAAGAGGAGACCGAAAAGCAACCUGACCCCCUUCACCAGAUCAUUCUACAUUUUAGCCGCAAUGCGCUCACUGAGAGGAGCAAAUUGGAAGAUGACCCACUGUACACUUCCUAUUCCAGCAUGAUGGCCAAGAGCUGUCAGAGUGGUGAGGAUGAAGAAGAAGAGGAAGACAAGGAAAAAACAUUCGAAGAGAAGGAGAUGGAGAAGCAAAAGACACUAUAUCAGCAAGCACGACUACACGAGCGUGGUGCUGCAGAGAUGGUCCUUCAGAUGAUAAGUGCCAGCAAAGGUGAGAUGAGCCCCAUGGUGGUUGAGACCCUGAAGCUGGGGAUUGCCAUUCUGAACGGAGGCAAUGCUGGUGUGCAACAGAAAAUGCUAGAUUACUUAAAGGAGAAAAAAGAUGCUGGAUUCUUUCAAAGCCUUUCUGGUCUUAUGCAGUCUUGCAGUGUCCUUGAUUUGAAUGCAUUUGAGAGGCAGAAUAAAGCUGAAGGCCUGGGGAUGGUUACAGAAGAAGGCACCCUCAUUGUCCGUGAGCGUGGUGAAAAGGUACUCCAGAAUGAUGAAUUCACACAAGAUCUCUUUAGAUUUCUACAGUUGCUUUGUGAAGGACAUAACAGUGACUUUCAGAACUUCCUGAGAACUCAGAUGGGCAACACCACUACUGUGAACAUCAUUAUUAGCACCGUGGACUACCUUCUGCGUCUGCAGGAGUCAAUCAGCGAUUUCUAUUGGUACUAUUCAGGAAAGGACAUCAUUGAUGAAUCUGGACAGCACAAUUUCUCUAAAGCUCUGGCAGUCACCAAGCAAAUCUUUAAUUCUCUUACAGAGUACAUCCAGGGCCCUUGCAUCGGGAACCAGCAGAGCCUGGCUCACAGUAGGCUGUGGGAUGCAGUGGUUGGAUUCCUCCAUGUAUUUGCUAACAUGCAGAUGAAGCUCUCUCAGGAUUCCAGUCAGAUCGAGCUGCUGAAGGAACUCUUGGAUCUCCUUCAGGACAUGGUGGUGAUGCUUCUGUCCCUCCUGGAAGGAAAUGUGGUAAAUGGGACUAUUGGAAAGCAGAUGGUUGACACGCUGGUAGAAUCGUCUACUAAUGUAGAGAUGAUCUUGAAAUUCUUUGACAUGUUCUUGAAACUUAAAGACUUAACCAGCUCAGACACCUUCAAAGAAUAUGACCCAGAUGGUAAAGGGAUCAUCUCCCGAAAAGAAUUCCAGAAGGCCAUGGAAGGUCUAAAGCAAUAUACACAGUCAGAGAUUGAUUUUCUUCUUUCGUGUACAGAGGCUGAUGAGAAUGACAUGUUUAAUUAUGUGGAUUUUGUAGAGAGGUUCCACGAGCCAGCCAAGGACAUAGGGUUCAAUGUGGCGGUGUUAUUGACAAAUCUCUCUGAGCAUAUGCCAAAUGAUUCUCGUCUCAAGUGUCUCUUGGACCCAGCAGAAAGUGUGCUAAAUUACUUUGAACCAUACCUGGGUCGAAUCGAGAUCAUGGGUGGGGCCAAGAAGAUUGAGCGUGUUUAUUUUGAGAUCAGUGAAUCCAGUCGAACUCAGUGGGAAAAGCCUCAAGUGAAGGAAUCUAAGCGACAGUUCAUCUUUGAUGUUGUCAAUGAAGGCGGGGAGCAAGAGAAGAUGGAACUGUUUGUGAACUUCUGUGAAGAUACAAUAUUCGAGAUGCAAUUAGCAUCUCAGAUCUCAGAAUCUGACUCAACUGACAGGCCAGAAGAGGAAGAGGAAGAGGAUGAAGAUUCCUAUUCGGUAGAAAUUGAGGGGGAGGAAGAAGAUAAAUCUUUUGAGUCUGCCUCUGCAUUUGCCAUGGCCUGUGCCUCAGCAAAGAGAAAUGUCACCAAGUUUCUGAAGAAGGCAACCUUGAAGAACCUCAGGAAACAGUACAGGAAUGUGAAAAAGAUGAGCGCAAAGGAGCUGGUCAGGGUGCUCUCCUCCUUCUUCUGGAUGCUGGUUGUGGGCCUCUUUCAGUUGCUCUUCUCUAUCUUGGGAGGAAUCUUUCACAUACUCUGGAACACAGUAUUUGGAGGGGGCCUUGUAGAAGGGGCAAAGAACAUCAGAGUGACUAAGAUCCUAGGUGACAUGCCCGACCCCACCCAGUUUGGGAUCCAUGAUGAUGUAAUGGAGAUUGACAGGGCGGAAGUGACUGAGCCAGGUAUCACCACCGAGCUGGUCCACUUUGUAAAGGGUGAGGCCGGAGACACAGACGUCAUGUCAGACCUCUUUGGAAUCCACUCAAAGAAAGAAGGUGGUUCAAAGCAAGGGCCUGAAGUGGGAUUAGGUGACCUCUCUGAAAUUACCGGCAAAGACGAACCCCCGACAUUAGAGAGUACUGUACGGAAGAAAAGGAAAGCACAGGCAGCAGAGAUGAAGGCAGUGCAUGAAGCUGAAGGAAGAACUGAAUCUGAGAAGGCCGACAUGGAAGACAGAGAAAAGGAAGACAAAAUCAAGGAGGAGGGACAAGCAGAGUACCUGUGGGCAGACACAACAGUAAAGAAGACGCGACGGCGUGGUCAGAAGGCCGAGAAGCCAGUAGCCUUCAUGGCCAACUUCUUCAAAGGGCUGGAGAUUUAUCAGACCAAGUUACUGCACUACCUGGCCAGGAAUUUCUACAACCUGAGGUUCCUCGCUCUAUUUGUAGCCUUCGCUAUCAACUUCAUCCUGCUUUUCUAUAAGGUCACGGAAGAGCCUUUAGAGGAAGAAACAGAGGAUGUUGCAAACCUGUGGAACUCAUUCAAUGAGGAUGAUGAGGAAGAAGCGAUGGUGUUCUUUGUUCUUCAGGAGAGCACUGGGUAUAUGGCACCAACACUGCGUGCCCUGGCCAUUGUCCACACUGUCAUCUCUCUGGUCUGUGUGGUGGGCUAUUACUGCCUGAAGGUACCUUUGGUGGUAUUCAAAAGGGAGAAGGAAAUUGCCAGGAAGCUGGAGUUUGAUGGUCUGUAUAUCACUGAGCAGCCAUCUGAGGAUGACAUCAAAGGGCAGUGGGAUCGCUUGGUGAUCAACACGCCAUCUUUUCCUAAUAACUACUGGGACAAGUUUGUGAAGAGAAAGGUGAUCAACAAGUAUGGAGAUCUCUAUGGAGCAGAGCGCAUCGCUGAACUCCUGGGUUUGGACAAAAAUGCCCUGGACUUUAGCCCAGUAGAAGAGGCCAAAGCAGAGGCGGCGUCUCUGGUGUCAUGGCUAAGUUCCAUCGACAUGAAGUACCAUAUUUGGAAGCUAGGGGUGGUUUUCACUGACAACUCCUUUCUCUACCUUGCCUGGUACACAACCAUGUCUGUCCUGGGCCACUACAACAACUUCUUCUUUGCUGCUCAUCUGUUGGAUAUUGCCAUGGGCUUUAAGACCUUGAGGACGAUCCUGUCAUCUGUGACUCACAAUGGCAAACAGCUGGUUCUGACUGUUGGCCUCCUGGCUGUAGUUGUUUACCUCUAUACUGUGGUGGCUUUCAACUUCUUCCGCAAGUUCUACAACAAAAGCGAAGAUGAUGAUGAGCCGGAUAUGAAGUGUGAUGACAUGAUGACGUGCUACCUCUUCCACAUGUAUGUGGGCGUAAGAGCAGGUGGCGGCAUUGGUGACGAAAUUGAAGAUCCCGCUGGUGACCCUUAUGAAAUGUAUCGCAUCGUCUUUGAUAUUACCUUCUUCUUCUUUGUCAUUGUCAUCUUGCUGGCCAUCAUUCAAGGUCUUAUUAUUGAUGCUUUUGGAGAGCUGAGGGACCAGCAGGAACAAGUACGGGAAGACAUGGAGACUAAAUGCUUCAUCUGUGGCAUUGGCAAUGACUACUUUGACACGACCCCUCAUGGUUUUGAAACGCAUACAUUGCAAGAGCACAACUUAGCCAAUUAUCUAUUCUUCCUUAUGUAUUUGAUUAACAAGGAUGAAACAGAACACACGGGUCAGGAAUCCUAUGUGUGGAAGAUGUACCAGGAAAGGUGUUGGGACUUCUUCCCAGCUGGAGACUGCUUCCGUAAGCAAUAUGAAGAUCAGCUCGGGUAAACCUGGGCUCACAACAAGCUACGAUUCUGGACAGUCACCUUCUAAUGCAACAGAAUCCUUUCUUUACACUUAACAGCAACAAGUAUAUUUGGUAAUUGAUUUGGCUUUUGUGCCCAAUGGACACGCAAAGGAUGGCAAAGUGCCAAGGACUCCACCUGAUUGCUAACACAGCUCUUGGUUCUAAAAACGGCUAGUUCGCUGGGAUGGUUCAGAGAAAUGUGAAGUCUUGAACACCUGAACGUCAUGCAAGAGGACCCUACCAGGGAUUGAUGGGCAGAACUACACAAAUUCAUGUUCAACUCAUGUUAACUGAGAUCUAAUUUUUCCAUGGUACUUGCUAGUGACUGUAUCCAGAAUCAGCUUGAAAAGCUUUAAGCAGCUAAAGAAAUAGAAAACAAACACUUUGUCGAAACUGAAAUAUCGAUUAAGUGCCUUAAAAUCUCUUUAGAUAUAGCUAUGCAAGUUUUUUAUGUUUGUGUUUCAGAAAGACAUCUCCAUUAAACAGCUCUGCUGCUCUUCUGUCUUACUUUAUGAAACUGCACUUGGAGGUUACUCACCUAAUUUCUUCAGUAACAGCUUGUCAACUGCUGUUAUUUGAAGAAAGGCACUGUACUGAACUUUCAGAAAAAUCUCAAUCUUAUACCAAACUCGAGUGAUGCUUUAUGGUCCAAUGUAAGUAGUGGAGCUGCCAUGUUUUAGGUCAAUCUCCAAUAAAAUGAAGUGCCCACUGCAAUAAAGUAACACAUGCCA